ACAACAAAAUGCAAAUGGCUGGCGUAGUAGCACUAGAUGUAAUGGUUUGUUAGAGAAUGUUUAUUGUUUCCGUUCGUCAAAUCGUUGUCCGUGUAUGUUUGUUCGGAUUGUGAUUGUGUCGUUUGUGUGUUAUUGUUAGUUCGUUGUAAUUUAUCGUAUAUAUUGCGACUUACAGUACGCGAAUUAAUCCGUGGAAAUGAAUUGACAUACUUUGGAUUAUCGUGGUCGCAACAACAGCGUAUCAUGACAAAGGAUUGUAUGGGUAGCCCGUGUGCCGCCGACACCUGUGAACCUAGCCGCUGUGCUAUGUUCAGGGUUUUUUCGUAAGUCUUAUAGGGAUUUCGUUUGUACAUGUUUAUGUUGUGUACAAGUUGAUAUUUAAUGGUAAUUAUAGUAAAGUUUUUGUUAAAAAAAUAAUUAUUAUGGAAAGUGGUCAUAUCUGAUAUCGCACAAAAGCGACCAGCCAUGCCACAGGUAUUGCUUGUGACAGUGUUAUGGCUAUUAGUGUUUGAUGGGAAUGCUCAGAUGUUUGAUCAUGAUAUGGGUGUUUUGGAUAGACGAGUGUUGACUGAUGGUGUUGAUUAUGAGGUAUUUAAUAAAACACUUGCAUCUAAACCAGGAUCAGGUUCACGAGCGACCCGCACUAAUUCAUCUCAGCAACAUGUCACUAGUCCAACUAGUCGACUGAUACCUGCUUACAAUCCUCCUGAUCGAAAUACUUUUACACCUCCUUUACCUCCAGAACGUUUUAAUCCAUUUGCUGACAAACCAACACUCCGGGGAAGCAAUUCUGAAAAACCAAUUCCACCUCGGCGACCUGGAAUUGUUCAGCCAAAAUUUGAAAAAGAAUUUAUACCAAUUAGGCCAGUUGAUGUUCCAGUUGCUGAUACCAAGAAGAAAACAAUUAAUACACCAAGUUUAAAUAAGCUCAGAGUACCAGACUCAACUUAUUCUGAACCAACCAGUACAACUGCAGCAAAUGGAUUUAAAGGGCUUAAUGAUACAUAUAGUAUUGUUGUUCAACAGGUACAAAAUUUAUCGAGUCCAAAUGUUUUUAGAAUAUUAUUUGAUGAUACUGGUAAGAAAAUGGAUGUGUUAAUGGAAAACAAUAAGCCUAGUUUUGAUCAAGAUUUAAAACCAUCACGCACAGUAAAACAAGAAAUUCCUAAACCAACUCAACGUAAUAUUCUAACAUCAGAAUUAACAUCAACUUCUUUAAUUUAUGAAACUACACCUGAAGAAGCUACUGAAAAAUAUGAGCCAACUAUGUUUAAAGAACAACAAGUUACAGAGUCAAAAAGUGAUACUGAUAUUCCAGAAUCUCCUCCUGAAAUAGUUUCUAUGCCGGAUCAUCCUGAGCCUAGAGCUAGGUACAUUCUUGGUGUAUUUUGGGAUGUUCAUGUUUAUUUAAUUGCUAUACUUUUUUUGGUUUUGGUUUUUUGUUCUAUUGUGAGCAUCAUACGAAUAAGAGCUUUUAAGAAAUUACUUACUUGUGGAUACUUUGUGACAAUUCAUAGUCUAUUAAUUGUUAUAGGCUGUGUAAGGAGUGUCUAUUUGUUAUAUGAUCCUUACAAUGUAAAUGGAACAUUAUCUAUUCAAGUAUCAGGACUAGCUUUGAAUAUUGUAUUUCCACUUUUACUCACUGUAUAUUCAGUACUGUUUUUGUUCUUGUUAAGAGCUACUGAUAUCAAAACUAUAUUUUAUAAUUUACAAAAAUCAUCAUUAUUAGCAAUAUUUAUCAGUUGUUAUAUGGCAUUUUGUAUCAUUGUACUGUUUUAUUCAGAAGCACAUAUAUUGUCACUUGUAUCCAAAUGUGUUUACAUUUUACUAUGUGUAAUACUUGGUGUGACUUAUAUAUGUUUGUACAGAUCAAUGUCGAAUGCCUCUUUAAGAAAACAAGGCACUAUUUUUGGUGCUAGUUUUCAUGAGCAUAGACCGACUUUAGCCCAUUCAGUACGUGUAACACUAGCUACUAGUAUGUUAAGUUUAUUAAUGGCAUCGGUUCAGCUUUAUGGAAUGGUUGGUGUAUAUGAAAUGUUAGGAAAAGAUCAACCUAAUCCUUGGCUCUGGUGGGGGUACCAAUUUUCUGUGCGAGUGAUUGAGAUAUCGUCAUGUUUUUUAAUUUUCUGGGCAUCUAUUCAACCAUUAAGGUACACCAGUGAAAAAGAAGCUCAAAAUCAAUCAGGAUUAACAUUAUUUCCAUGUCGUGGUACUGUAUCACGAAAUGAUCCACCAUCAGAUGAUAUUUAUCCUGCUAUAUGUAGUGCCAACCAAGCUGUUCAUAAUUAUACUUUGCGUACUGGUAAACAUAUAUAUGAUGAUACAUAUUCAAUGGGUGGUCCACCUUUAGUAAACCAUCAAUUGUUUGCACAUACAACUGAAAGGAGGUCAUUGAAACGAAUGGAUGAAGAUUCCAGAAGCAUGUAUGCUUAUGCUGAACGCGCUGCCAUACAACCUUCACCAUCUAUGUUGGUAGCUGAAAAUGGAUUUGUUAGGUUUAGAUCACUUGCUGAUGAGAGGAGUCCUGAUGAUCAAAUGUAUCCUAUCAAAGUUCACCAUCACAGGGAUAACUGUUGUACUUAAAAUGAAAAUUUAGUAAAAUUACUUAUCCCUUUUAAUUAUUAUUUUGUACAUAAUAUGUUUAUGUAAUUUUUUUUGUUUAAAUUUAAUGUGUUCCUUUAGCUUAAACAACAUUCCAUGAUUUAACAAUUUCUUUUAUACUUUUUCAAGACUGUUUUAUUUCUUAGGG